AUCGGUCGGAUAUAAGCAAUUUGUCUUGGCAAUAGCCCGUAAUCGUGCCGGAAUAACGGAUGAUUAUAGUUGUUUUAAAGGGUGUUUAAAAUUCAGUACAGGGAAAUAUAAAUCUCCUACUUUGCCUGUAUUAAUAUAUUUUAAUAAAGUGGUGGGAAAGCAGUUCAAGACUAGUCAAAACUACCUCUCUUUCUUUUAUUGAAAAUCGAGGAAACAGUGGAAUUUAUCUUCAAUCCCAGACACGUUGCAAUAGUUGCAUCAUCACUUGCAUAGAAAGGAUUAUAGCAGUGUAAAUUGAAUACAUUUGGAGUAAAAAUGGAGUUACCGGUAAGCUUAUAAUGUGACUGCAGGUGCAACCGGAAGUAGCAUGCAGUCGGUGGCGACUGCUAUCGAAAGAUGACAUAUGGACCAACAAUACAAUGGCGCUUUCCAUUCCAAGAAAAACUCGAACUUAGGAAACCGGAUUUUAGAGUAGUUUUCAUUUCAUUGUGUUUAGUAGUCGGACUUAUUAUUCUGAUCUCAUUUUCAUAUUAUUCUUCACUGUCAGUCACGUUCACGUCAGACCAAUUCCAAACACACUCUACAGACGUAGGCCGUUUCACAAAGUCAAAUGUCAGUAGGCUAAAAGUUUCUUUCAUCGUAGAAGAAGAUGAUUCUAGUGAAACUUCUGAAGUAACAACAAAAGAAAUUGAGGAAGUAUUUACACAAUUAAACUUUAGUAUUGUUUCAUCAAGUGAUUAUGAAACCGAAAAGGGACAUUUGGAAACACAGAGUGAAAGCCUGGAAGCAGACGACGGACUUAAUGCGACGCUGGGAACCAGUAGCGUGCUCGAGGAAGGAUUUAACUGGAAUGAUUCAAGAUUGGAUAUUCUGCAUAUGUCCAAAAUACAGUAUGAUACAAGAUUCAAAAAUCCGUGCUGGUACGAGCCUCUUCAGAGUUCGCAUCCAUACGAAAACAACACAUAUGCUCCAUUCUCACCAUCUGCCAAACGUGUUCUUGCCAAGAUGACAAGGCAUUGGGAAGACGAAUUCCUUUCUGAAGAUAAACCAAGCAGACUUCGGUGCCUUCCAUAUUUCUUGAUCAUUGGUCAGCCAAAAUGUGGUACAACGGACUUGUUUUGGAAGAUUGCCAAACAUCCAGAUAUUGAAGCGCCGCCGAUCAAAGAGCUGCACUGGUGGUCGAGGAGUAGGCAAGGUCGAAGGUUUUCCUAUUCAAAAAUCAUUCCAUUUAAUGACUAUGUAGACAUGUUUGAUCGAGCCGCCUUGCAUAUUGAACAAAGACUUCAUAAUACCACUUCUACAUUAGAAGACAGUACUCAGAAUUCUAAUGUCAUCGUCGGGAAUGAUGAUAUAAAUAUUACUCAGAAAAUUACAGGUGAAGCUAGUGUGUCCUUGUUUUGGGAUAACAAUGAAUGGAUGAAAUUCCCCGAGAACAGAGGACAGAGAGAGCCUGUAUACAUAGUGCCUCAUUACGUACACCAUAUCAUACCAGACGCCAAACUCAUCAUUAUGCUACGGGACCCAGUUGAAAGAAUGUAUUCAGAUUAUCUCUACUUCCAUUCCACAAACAAGUCCGCAGACGACUUUCAUUCUGCAGUGAAGUUAGCCAUUAGUCUAUAUUCUAACUGCACCUCCAAAUACAGUGUUCGCCAGUGUAUUUAUGAUACAAAUUUAUCUAAUAAAGUCAGGGCAAGAUUAAGAAUCGGGAUGUACAGUGUAUAUUUGAAGGACUGGCUCACCUUGUUUCCACUGACACAGUUCUUCAUUUUACGUCUUGAAGAUUAUUCGAGAAAUCCCGUCAAAUACGUGAAACAAAUCUAUCGAUUCCUGAACAUCAGAGAUAUUACAAAAGAAGAAGAGGAACUAGUGUUAACAUCCCCAGGCAGAAAUGCACGAAAACCAGAGGAUCAGCUUCUAGGCGGAAUGCACGAGAAAACUAGAAUUCUGUUGAGCGACUUUUACCAACCGUAUAACCAAGAACUCGCACAGAUAAUCGGAAAUACAAAAUUCUUGUGGACGGAUGUCAAACACUAAACAUUCUGAAUGUGAUAUAACUUGCCUUGUGUUCCAUUGUUUAUAUAAAACGGUUGGCAUUUUGUCUUAAGUUGUUACACAUGGAAAAACACAUAGGUCACCAUGACAUAAAUUAUUACCUGUUUUUUCCGUUGCAGUAUUUUCAGCAUGUUUUUUUCUUCUUUAGAACAUUAUUUUGUCAGUAAUUGUUUGUACAUCUCAUAAAACAUAACGUCUUAUAAUUAUGAUAUACGUCCGUUUUUGAAAAGUGGACAUAUUAUGUUAUGGCGUUGUCCAUCCACCAAUAUUUCAGGACAAAGGUACCUACGGCUUUCAAACUUCAAACGAUGAAUAACGAUUUGAGUAAGACCCAGUUUGAAUUGAGGGUCUCUGGCUCAACGGUCACAUGGCCCCGACAUGGCUUUUAUAUACAUUUACUUUUCCGAAGUUAAAAAGUAUUAUUUCUACAGCUUUAAAAUGUCACACAGUGACUUUGUACCUCUUGCGGAAGAACACAGUUGAUUUCGGGGUCACUGGCUCAAAGGUUAAGGCCGCGAGGUCCCGACUUAACUUUUAUUGUUCAACUGUUUAAACGCCCGAACGGGCGUGUUUUGCCUCAUUAAGCGGCGGUCUUGUCAUGAUAACGUUCUAUUUUUUGUAUUAAUAUUAUGAUAUAAUAUUUUUUACUGAUUAUUCCAUAAGUCAGUCGUAAGUUAUGUCCUAUAUUUAGUAUUUCUUUUCAAAAUAAUAAUGUUAUAUUCUACAGUUUUGUCCAUAUUGAUAUAGUAUUCAGUAUAAUGUCUAGGUAUUUACCUGCAUUUUUGUUUUUAUUAUCUAGUUUUCAAUUAAGUGUGUUAAAUGAAAUAGUAUUGAAUGAAACAGUAUUUUAAUUUUAUUUUCAUUUUAUUCUGCUACAGUAUGUUUGAGUUAGUUAGGAAAAUAGUUUAUGAUUCUCAAAUGUGAUAAAUCAAUUUUGUUGUGCACGUGACUUUCGUUCAGGUUUGUGUUUUAUGUUAACACCAAUGUAAGACAAUCAUUUUAGGGAUUUCAUGUUUUGGGGAAGUUGGUACAUGUCAGAGUGUAGACUGAAAAAGUAUUAAUUAGCCGUAAACGGAAUUCUCCAAUAUCAGAACUUGAAGCUGUUCCAUACAGUAUCGAGUAACUCUUACUGUAAAACAUUUAUUAUUCGCGAGAAAUUUAUUUGCACUAAUGAUCGCUAGUUUCUUCCAUGCUAAUUAAGGUUUUGUAAAAAAAAUGCCAGUUUUGUAAUAGGUUAUGUAUAUGGUAUAUCCAGAUGUAUUUCUAGCUUGCACAUUUCGCAAUGUCUUAAAUUCAACAUUAAGCUAAUUAGACAAAUCUAGCUAAGGAAAUUUGCGAAAAAGGGUUCACGCAAAUAUAAGUUGUUUUACAGUAUAAAUUGAAGAAUAUCUAACUGUGAAAAUUUCUAAUAUUAUGAAUGCUGUCGUGUGCUUUUUGUUAACUGUCGAACAUUAAACUUCAUUAGAUGGUAGUCACGGUAUAGUAUUAUUUCAGUGUAAUAAAUACGAAAUCAAUUGUUGUGAUAUUUUUCCAUGAAUAUUUAUAUCGAUCUUUUUUAUUAUUAUGCAUUUCACACUGGCAUUUUGUACUAAAUUUAUGUACUCAUUAUUUUUCUAUUUGUUUGUAAGUCCUGAUUGUCCAAUAUCCCAUUAUUUAUUUCAUAUUUUCUUUACAAAAUCUUUAUAUUAACUAGCCAGUGACAGUAAUUUUAGCUGUAUGUUUUAUUAUUAGUAUUAUAAGCGCCCGUAAUGACUUUCGAAAAUUCCGUUCGAUUACGUAGAUUCCUUAUGCGAUUCCGGUAUUCUCCGGUAACUGAAAGACAGGUGCUCGUAUGAACUACAUUAUUGUCCGAAGGAUGCCGAAAUGCGACACAAGAAUGCGCAAUUGCACGGAAAUUAUCGAAUGCCACUACGGGUUCACAACCUUCACUUCAUUUUGACCACUCUCCAGAAAAUCUGUAAUUAAUGAUAUAUGAAAAUAAAUGAUUUAAAAACCUUU